GGAUCAUUCUAGGGUUCUUUUAAAGAUGGGAGUGCUCUCUACAACGUUCUCUACCUUGGCUCACCUCAUCUACCAACAAUCUCGACUCAUCUCUUUUCGCCGGCAAGCUUGGGCUAACCUUACCUCAACGGAGACCGCCAUAGAUGCUCAAGUUUACAAGCCCUAGGUCAGGUUUAACGAACAUCAGAUCUUCUUUGUGAUCUGUCUCGCACAACAAGCCUCCUUGUGUUGAUCAGAAGUCACAGGGCUUGAUUCCGAGAGUUCAAUGACCAUUAGAUCUUAUUUCACCCCUCUCUCCGUGCAUUGUGUAAAUUCCUCUCUAAAUCCUCUCUUUGAUGUCGAUAUCUCUAUCUAGCCGAGAGAACAAAGGAGAAACAUAACUGAUUUUUUUUGUUGCCCCUUAUCGGAAAACACACACAAACACACUUUUUCUGUGUGCUUUCUCUUUCCUCAUUCCUAAGCCCUGACUUCGACUCGGAAUCCUACAUCUCCGAUCUACGAACCUUUGUCCCCUUUGAAACCCUAAGAUCAGACCGUCUUCUCAAAUUAGGGCUUGUGGUAUCGAUUCAAAACAUGUAUCCCACCGCAUCCAUCAUCCAUCAAAACAUCUAUAUCCCAAAACGAUUGUUUCUUCUUCAAAACCCAUUGAACGAGCGUGCGUAUGAAAAGUUAGAGAAAAACAUAUGGCAUGUAGAAGGUGAAGCAUAUUCAUCCAGUGGAUCGUGAUUUUUGGUCAAGAUAACUCCAUUUUCCUAUUAUAGGUCAACUGCAAUCCAUUAUAUGUCCUUCGCCUCUUCCCUUGUUCCCCCAAUUCCUUCCCUAUGCCACCUUCCUCUCUCUUCUUCCAGCGAUACCCCAAUUCCUUCAUCAGACUCAUCUCCGCUGCUUCACCAAGCGCCUCUCUAUUGCACUAAUCUUAUUGUUUUCUUAGAGUUGGCAAUUUGAAGUGUAUAAGGAAAUAAAAGCUGAUUGGUAAAGGGAUGCUUCAUCCCUACUUGUUGCUAUUGGUUCUCAUUUACCAGACCUUGUAAGUAGAUAGAAACAGUCAAAAAGAAUAUCAUCAUUCUUUCACAUCUAUCUUUGUUCCAAAAUGUAUGCACAAAACUCAACUCUUCAAGAAACUCAGCAGAAAGAGGCAUCCAUUAAAACAAUGGUUGACGACCCUGUAAAGUCAGAGCACACUCGAUGGAAUGCAAAGGUUUGCUUGUCAUAAAAAUGGGAAUACUUUCAAGGCAAUUGGAGGCUUGUGGGAAACCACAGAUGGCAAUGAUCCUUCAGUUGACAAAUCCACUCUUGUUCACACUGCUCUUAGGUAUGCCAAAGACCUCACAGGACUUGAUUUGAAAAAUUGCCAACAUUGGAAUCCUUUCCUCGAGAUUCAUUAUGACCGAGUUAAAAAAGAUGGAAUAUUUAGCCAUAAGGAGGUCACAGUACUCUAUGUUCCUGAUUUAUCAGAUUGUUUACCUUCAACAUAUGCAUGGAGGGAUCAAUGGCUUUCACACAAGAAAGCUAUUGUUGAGAGAGAGCAUCGAUAUGCUCUUAAAAGAGAGAUAGCUCGAGGAAAGAAGGAAGGAUUGAAAGAUAAGGAACCUGGGACACCCAAAGAUCUGAAGAAGGAUGCAAAAUUAGAAAAAGAGAAAGUGCCUGAAUCUGAUGAGUCAGCAUCAAAACUAAAAGAAAUGGCAAAAGAUAAAGUCAAAGAACCUGAAAACGUAGGAGUUCAUAUUAAUGCAGUAGAUAUAGAGAAGACAAAUGUGGUUGAGACACCUGGCGAAGGGAAUAACUCUGUAGAAAAGAAAACUGGUAGUGGAAAAAAGAAAAUUAUCAGAAAAGUUAUAAAAAAGAAGGUUGUUAAAAAAGAUAAAGCAGGAGACACAACCAAACAAACUGAUACAUUAUUAGAUUCCAAGAAUGUGGGAGAGACUUCUACAGAGACAGAGACUGCAGAUAAAGUGGUAGAUAAAUCAAAAGUAACUAUUGCGGAGGAACAAAGUGUUGCCCCUGAGCAGAAAAAAGAUGAAAAGAAAGGUAAAAUGGGUUCCAAAACGAAGGGUAUUAUUGUCCAGUCUGACAGUAAUGAAAAAUUGGAAACUGAGGAGAAGUUAAAGGAGGAGAAAGUGAAAAAAGAGAAGGAUGUUAAAGGUGAAACAAAGGGUAAAGAAGUAAAAGAUAGUAAAAAGGAUGAAGAGCUAGGUCAAAAUUGUUUAUUAUAUCUAAAAAGACCUAGUAAAUCCAUUGUUACCACACUUUCUAAUGUUGAAGAAAAAAAGAGAUUUGAAUUUCUGGAAGCAGUGAGCGGUAUGAUGGAUGCCCAUCUUCGUUACCUCAAACAGUGA